AUGGCUGGAAGGCUGCUAAAAGUAUCCUCUGUUGCUACUGCACUCUUUGCCUCAUCGGGAUUUUAUCUGUACAGUCAGAAAGUCGACCUCAAUGACCUCAGCAUCAUCAGAUUUGGCAGAGCGGCUGCUACGACGGCAGUCGUCAGUUAUGACUACAUCACAGCUCUGCGAAACGUUCAGUACGGGACCAAGGAGUACUGGCUGGUCAAGUCAGAGGUCCAUAAACGCUCAGCGGAGAGACUCAAGGACCUGUGCUGUGCCAACAGAGGGACCUUUAUUAAAGUGGGGCAGCACCUGGGUGCUCUCGAAUACCUCCUGCCUGAGGAGUACACCAGCACGCUGAAGAUCCUGCACAGCCGAGCUCCUGCCAGUACCAUGUCCGAGAUCCAGCAGGUCAUCAGAGAAGAUCUGGGAAAAGAGCUGGAUCAGUUGUUCAUCAGUUUUGAGGAGAAGCCCCAUGGUGCAGCGUCUCUCGCUCAGGUCCACAAGGCGAUUCUGGCGGAUGGCACCACGGUGGCAGUGAAGGUGCAGCAUCCCAAGGUGCAGGCUCAGAGCUCCAAGGACAUCAUGGUGAUGGAGUUCCUCCUGCAGGUGGUUAAUUGGCUUUUUCCUGACUUUGCGUUCAUGUGGCUGGUGGAGGAGGCAAAGAGGAACAUGCCUCUCGAGCUCGACUUCCUGAAUGAGGGACGAAACGCUGAGAAAGUUGCAGAUAUGCUCAAGCAAUUCAACUUCCUGAAGGUUCCCAAGAUUCAUUGGAAUCUCUCAACUAAGCGCAUUUUGAUCAUGGACUUUGUUGACGGUGGGCAGGUGAACGACUGCGAGUACAUAAGGAAACACGACAUAGACGUCAACCAGAUCUCCAGAUACCUGGGCAGAAUGUACAGCGAGAUGAUCUUUGUGAACGGUUUUGUGCACUGCGACCCUCACCCGGGCAACGUGCUGGUGAGAAAGUGCCCGAAAAGCAAGAAGACGGAAAUUGUUUUACUCGAUCACGGCUUGUAUCAGGUUCUGAAACCAGACUUUCGGCUGGAUUACUGCAGGCUGUGGCAGAGUCUGAUCAAAGGAGACAUGAAGGGUAUAGAGCGCUACAGCAGACGUCUGGGGGCCGGAGACCUGUACCCGCUGUUCGCCUGCGUCCUCACUGCCCGUUCCUGGAGCUCAGUCAACACGGGCAUCAGCCAGACACCCGUCACAUGUGCUGAGGAUGUGGAGAUCCGCACGAACGCAGCGCAGUACCUCCCUCAGAUCAGCGAGCUGCUUAACAAAGUUCCUCGGCAGAUGCUGCUGCUGCUGAAGACCAACGACCUGCUGCGGGGCAUCGAGACCGUCCUGCAGGCUCGUGCCAGCUCCAGCUCCUUCCUCACCAUGAGCCGCUGCUGCACCCGGGCACUCGCCAGGUAUAAGAAGAGUAAGACCAAAUCCAGGGUCACGAGGCUGCAGAUCACCCUAUCAGAAGCUGUUUCUUUGUGGCAGAUCAGCCUGUAUGAGCUCAUGCUGUGGAUCCGGAGCUCAAUGUUGGCAAGAUGGAUUUCAUCUGUGCUCAGCUGUUUGCCUUCUCCACACUGAGAGAGUGAAAAUAUGGACCAACUCGCUGCCGACCACACCUCCUGUCUGCGCCGAGAACAAAUGAUAUAAAACUUGAUAUAACUUGAUAUAAGUUUUAAGUCACAUACACAUCAGAUAUGGAUCAUGUUGUAAGAAAAGUCAUGUGAUUUCCUGUGAAUUUACAAUGGUUAGUUUAUUAUAAAUACCACAUUUCAU